ACAGCGAGCCGAGUCAACAAAGCCAGAGAGAACAUCGUGUCGAACACACUUGUAAACAGAGAGAUAUAAACAAACAGAAAAUGGGUUGCAAAGCUUGUGAGACCAACUGCCAGUGCUCGGCCAGCAAGUGCGGCGACAGCUGCCCCUGCAGCCAGCAAUGCAAAUGCGCCUGCAAGAACGGACCCAAGGACAAGUGCUGCUCCAACAAAAAUUGAUAACCGAUUAUAAAUAAAUAUAUCUACCAAUACUGA